UGUCUUUGAGCUCGGUUCAGUUUACAGAUGGUGGUUCAGGUAGAGCCUCGUAUCCGCUACAGCAGCAAGAGGAUGGACACAAAUCAGCCCAAAGUGGAGGCUAAUAUUUUACUGCUUGGAGCUGAAAAUGUGGGGAAGUCUGCACUAAUAGUGCGUUUCCUGACUAGAAGAUUUAUUGGAGAAUAUGGCUCUAUAGAAUCCAUAUACAGUCAUCAUGAUAAGAUUGACGGCCGGGAUAUCUGCUUCAACAUCUGGGACUCACUUUGUCCACAGAAUGCUGAAGAGAUGGGCCACAUCAGCGAAAGGCAGCUGCAGUGGUCCGAUGGCUUCAUCCUGGUCUACAGCAUCUGCGAUCGGGCGAGCUUCAACGUGGUGCGACAGCAGGUCCAACACAUCCGCCAAGCGCAGCAGAAACUCUCCAGCUCCACUCCGCUCAUCAUCGUGGGGAAUAAACGAGACCUGCAGCACCGGCGUGCCGUGUCCAGCGAGGAAGGACGGCUCCUGGCGCUCUCAGCCGACUGCGGCUUCUUCGAGAUCUCUGCGGCUGAAGCCUACCACGGCGUGCUCAUGGUGUUCCACGAACUGCUCGACCUGAUCCGUGAGGCGAGGGCGCUCAAAAAGGGCCCGGCCGGCUUCAGGGGCAUCGUCAGGAGUAUGUCUGCAGUUUUCGGAAGGAAGAGGACUGAAUAGACUGAAAUGUUUCUCCGGGAAGAGGAAGGAAUAUUGCGUCCACAUUGGACUACGAUCAUUGAUUAUUGUAUUUGGAUUUGAAUGCUCUGUGAAUGUUCGAAUUCAGAGACUCUUGUGGGGUCUUAAAGAUGUCAUAAGGAUGAAAACUGUCUUACACCACAGUGCUUCUGAAUUCUCAAAUCUGAUUGGUCUGAAGGUGUUCAUUUUCUAUAACAUGUCUCACAGACGCUCCACAUUAGAUAUAACCAUUAACAGAAACACUAUGUUCAUUAAUAAAAGAAAAAUUGUAAUAGUUGGCAAAUUGCUGUAGUAUAAGAGGAAUAAACCUCUUUGGGACAUGCUGUUAUAGGAAAAGAAUCAGCUUCAGGUUAGUAACAGUCAUUGUUUCCAAUUACAGCACACCAAGUGUUAAUUCCUUACAUAUUGUAUAAGAAAGCCCUUUAUUGUGAGCAUCUAUCUGAAACACGCAUGCAGUCAUUAGGGGGCUAUUUCUAUGCAAAACGGAUACCUGUGUUUGUGUGUGUCGUCACUGCAUAACGAGAUUUCUUAUCUGUGAACAAACCGAGUCUUAGAUGUUAAACCACAUCGUUUAGCUGACAAUCCUCCCCUGAUAGCACUAGAUAUAUUCAGCAUGAGGCAAAAACCACAAUUCCAAAGGCACACACAGACGCACACAAAUUUCAAUUUAUUUUCUUGGAAUACACUGACCGAAUUGUGUUGUAAUGUGAAUCAUAAUCUGCCCACACCAAUGUGUCAUUAUUACAAGCUCAGGACUUGCCUUGUGUCAGAUGGACUCAGAUAAACUGUUGCACUCGUUUCACACUGACUGGAGAAACGUUACGUUACCUUGCACCCUGAUGAUUCAUAACGUCCUUAAAUGAACCUUUUUUUUUUUUUCUGGCACAAAUGUUUCCUUUUAUGGCUGCCAGCCGCAGGGUGUUGUGGUGUGUGUAUAUAUUGUUAAUAGUACAGAGAAGUCUAUGCUAAAGAUUUUUUAUAAUAAAACAUGAAUUGAAUUGAA